AUGAGUGGACAACAGGGUCAGACUAAAUCAGUUCAGUAUAAGGAAGAAGUCUUCGAGAAGUUUCAUCAACAAAAAGUCCGCUUACCAUUAAGCGAAGAAGAAUUACGUAAUCUCCAAAUUGAGAUUGAGGACAUGACUAUGGCAUUCGAUGAAAAAUCUAUCUUUCAGACAAUUCCCAACAUAAUCAAAAUCUUAAUCAGGAAUGAUGACAUAAGUGCUAAGGAUUUUCUCAAGGGUAGGGAACUCGAAAAGGAGGAUAUUGAAUUUCUUUCAGAGUUCGGUCAAUAUACGAUUGAGGCUUUAAUAGUUCAUGUACUAAGUAUGGUUUUUUACUCAGUUGAGUAUGACUCACUAAUUCGUGUGGCUUCUUUGGUUGAACGACUAGAGUCUAGUGUCCGGAUGCAAGCUUCAUUAUUGAAAUGCCGCAGGUUACAAAAACCGUUUUCUACGGCAAUAGAUGAUGUUUAUCAAAUUAAUGAGGUGAGGAAAAGAUCGAAAUUGGUGAUGAUGUAUCCCUUUGGUUCCGGGUUAGUUCAAUUCAUGGCUGAAAGGGAAUUGAUCCAUUUAAUGAGUGGUGAUUUGAGCGGGCUUUCUCGAGUUCAGAUUAAGAAAGGAUCUUAUUUUCUUCCAAGAAAUCUCUACGCUGUCUGCAACUUUGAUAUAUCAUUACUACCGAUCAAGCUCAACAUGCCUAUGGUAUGCCCACCUCUAGAUUGGAGGAGUGCCUGCCCGCCGGGUAAAAAACCAACAAACCUGUCCGAUCUAACAGGGGGUUACUUAAGUGGGCCAACAGGGGAAUUAUAUGAUCGUUACCGCCUGUUAACUACCGGUAAUAUUCAUCAUUUUUAUAUUAAUAUUAGCAGAAAGGGUAAUUACGAGAAACUAUGUAGUGUAAUGAACAAGCAGCAGCGUCAGGCCUUUCAAAUCAACAGUGAUUGGUUGAAAUAUCUUAAAGAGAAUGAGGACAAAUUUGUUGAAAUUGGUUUACUCAUGCCUAAAUUUCUAGCCUCUAUGAAUAUAAAAGAUGUUUCCAUCUUACUUAGAGAGUUUCAUAUGAAGGAUGAGGUUAUUAACAAAUUAUGUAGCUUUACCGAGUUGUUACAGACUGUAUCUAAGAACAUACAGCGUGCUUGUUAUGAGCAAUUGAUUCUCAAGCUGGCAACCGCCUACGAGGGUUAUAAUUUUUAUUUGCCGACCUAUCUCGACUUCCGAGGUCGAAUCUACCGCAGUGGGGUCUUGCAUUUUCACGAGCGUGAUCUAGCAAGAAGCCUGAUCAUCUUUGCGGAUAGCAAAUCUAUGGACAAUAAUGAGAAUAAUGACACAUCUAUGGACAAUAAUCAGAAUCUAAUGUGUGAUUACAUAUCUAUCGCAGCUGCUUGCUACCAUUACAAGUCUUUCACCUCUUAUAAUGAGUCAGUAGAGUGGUGGUAUGAUAACAUCCAAUCGGUGAACGGUAAGGGGGUUCUCGACUACGUUCGGGAGGCAAAACGCCCUUUUCAGUUCCUCGCCAAUACAAUUGGAAUCUUAACUAACAAAUUGAAGGUUCGGAGGAGCAACCCUAUUACCCAAGACGCCUCAGCGAGUGCAUAUCAGAUAAUGAGUUACUUUUUGUUGGAUGAAACCCUGGCUAAGAGAACGAAUCUCAUCCCAUCUUCGGAUGGUCAAAUCCAAGAUGUUUAUUCAUUCAUCCUCGAAGAGCUCAAGGAGUUCAUGAAAGCAGAACUGGGGAAUGAUCUAUCAACGAUCGUUAGCAAGAACCUCACUCGAAAGCUAGUCAAAAGUGUCUUUAUGCCAAUGAUCUAUGGCAAAACAGUUAUGAGCACGGCCAGCGAUCUAAAUGACGAUCUCUCUCACUACAUCACAUAUAAGGAAUGCUUCGAAGUCGCCUCUGUCUGCUUUAAGUUCUGGAGGACGAAAUUUCAUGGCAUGGAAUGCCUGAUCCGGUUGAUCCGCCAUAUUGGCUGGUUCUCGUCUGCUAGGGAUUUCCCUGUUUUCUACAAAGUGCCUUACUUUACCACGGUACAGGAUUAUAUGAUAAUGGAGCCCAUAAAUAUAUGGGUUUAUGAUAGACUUCAUAAGAAGAGGCGUCGGGUGACUCUCAGAGUUUCUUCUUCUAAGAGAGAUCGUAGGAAGACGGAAAUCUCUACCUUCGUCAACUUCAUCCAUCAGAGGGAUGCCAAUAUUGCAAUGAGUGUCGUAGACGAGAUGCUUUCUCUGGGAGCUCCUAUAUACACAGUACACGACAACUUUAUAACUACAGCAUACUAUAGCGAGUUUAUACCAAAGAUUUAUAGCAGCGUCUUUCAGAGCAUGGGCACUCCACUUUCAAUCCUCAACGAUUUCAUCUAUAUGAAUGUUAUUAAACCGAUUGUCAAAAGGGAGUCAUAUGGACCGACUGAGGGUGAGUUUGACAGUAAGGUCAUCUCAAAAGAGAUUCUUCAUUAUUACUUAAAGGCUAAUGUACCUGAGAACAUAAGCAAGAAGAAGAUGCUCAUGAGAAAAAGUGGGAGAAAUUCAAGUUAA